ACCGCAGCUAUGAAUAUGCAAAUAUAUGCAAAAGAUUGUUUAUGGCUUUAGUGGCUAAUUAGAAAUGUGCAUUUGGGAGGGCUAUGCACCUCCGAAGCACAAACAGUGGUGCUAAGUUUGACUUGUCAAAAGUUUAUGAAGGUCAAAUGCGUCUUUUAUGCAUCCCUCCCGGCAGCAGCCAGCCACUCAGAGGGCUUCCACGCAGCUGCCACAGGCUGGCCAUUGGAGACGCUUCAUGCUGAGCAGCAAAAUGGCCGCCCGUCAACCGACUGACUCCACAGCGCUUUGAAAUUUAAAUUCUUCUGCACAUUAGGGUUUACACUAUUACAACAUUAGUACUUAUUUACGAACCAGUAGCUUGUUACGCGUGUGUUUUCAUCAUCUGCCACUUACUUGACUGUCCGCUCAGGCGUCGCUGUUCUUGUAGCCUCGACGAAUGCCUCAAAAAGCUAAAAAAAAAUCGCACUGAAGCACUUUAGCUAAGCUAGCUAGCACGCUAGCUUUUCUUCAUAUGUGAUUCCAGAGAAGAAAGGAGUAUUGGGACAGGAGCAGUAGUUCAUGGAAGACAAGAAAAGGAAAAAAGACGAAAAAAGGAAAAGGGAAGCCUCUCAGAAGGUCACAGAACAAAAAAACAAAGUGCCAGACUUGACCAAGCCGGCGUCUGCCCAGUCUCCUGCCACUCAGAGCAGCUCUGCCUCCCCCAGCCCUGGACCCACCCCCUCUGCCUCCCCAUCCCCAGCCACCUUGGGCACUGGCAGUGCUGCCACCCCGUCACAGGGCGGCAACAAUGCCAAGCGCCUGGCGGUGGCUAACGGACAGCCCACCUCCACCACCAUUUCUUCCUCCACCGCUGGCGGCCCCAGUGCUGCCGGAAACGGCAGUACAAGUAGCGGAGGCGGAGCCCAGGCGCCUCAGCAGCAACCUCGCUACAUGCCGAGAGAAGUGCCGCCGCGAUUCCGCUGCCAGCAGGACCAUAAAGUGCUACUGAAGAGGGGUCAGCCGCCACUGUCCUCCAUGCUGCUGGGAGGAGGAGGAGGAGGAGGAGGGGAUGGCCCCAAUGCAAACAUGGCUGCUGUCUCAGAUUCUGGUGCAGCUGCCUCCUCAUUGGCCCUCACCUCAUCAUCAGUUGCUGCUUCUACUACUACUUCUAAUUAUGCAAAUUCCAUGUGGGGGGCGAGCUCAGGCAGCCAGGCCUCCUCUCAGGGCAGGGAGAAGGUGAUUGUCGAUGGCAACGACCUGGAGGAGUGGCCUAGCAUCGCUGGCAGUGAUGGGGGAGGAGCUUCUUUCACCACCGCUGGAGGAGGCAGCAGCAACAACGGAAUGCCUGUGAAAAGCAUCAGUGCCUCUGGCAACCAAUCCUCACCCACUUCCUCGUUCUCUUUGCCCAAUGAAUGUAUGCAGUCGUCCAACGGUGUGGCGUGGGGGAUGGCUGCCUCCCAGGGUCAUCUUGGAGGAGGGAAUGCAGUAGCUGCAGCUGGGCCUCUGCUACAACAACCCUCCUCACUUUCCAAAGCCUCCACUGUGCCAGGGAGCCAUGAUGCCAGUGGCCCCGUUGACGGCAGCAGUGGGAUUCCAGGUGCCAACUUCAAUCCAAAUGCCAACCCUUCGGCCUGGCCUGCCCUGGUGCAGCAGGAUGGGCCCGCUGCUGCAGUAGAAGGAGGUCCGUCUUCCUUCCAUCACCAGGGCCCUGGAGGGUCUUUGUCUGCCAACAACUCUGCUUCCCUGGGCCUUGGGCUGGGAGGUGGGGCAGUCGGGGUGCUGGGGGGUCACCCACCUUUAUCUGUGAAUCAAUCAAGUACCCAUCAGCGGCAACUUCACCAAAUGCAAUCCAGAGACAGAGAGAUGGGAGGAGGGAAGUGGGACAGCGAAUCAGCGGGACCAAAAAUAGCAGGGGGAGAAGGGAUUGGGGGAGGAAUGGACCGUGGUGUGGGAGGAGGUGAGAUGAGUGUGGGAGACCACAGCCUUGCCUCCUCAUGGAGAGGCCAGUCUUCUUUCCCUGCAGCUAACUCCAAAACAGGAGCCUCAAGGACUGAUGGAUGGGAGGGUGGAGGAGGUGGCACAGGUGGAUUCGGAGCUGCUGAAGGGGAUAAUGGGACAUCGGGUUGGGGGUAUCCGAGUUCCACUAGUGGGGUUAAUGCUUGGGGCAGUUCUGGAACUGCAGGAAACGGUAGUCAAACCUCCGGGGUAUCUCAGGGAGGGUGGGGGUCAUCAGGAGUAGGAGGGGAGAGAGGAGUUUCUGGUGGUGAUUGGGGUAGUAGCUCCACUGGUAUUGGUGGUGCUAAUCCAGGAGGUGAGAGUAUGGGUGGAGCCUGCAGCAGUAACAGCAGCAGUAGUGGGGGCAGCACAGCUGGCAACCCCCCUGCCACCUCCACCUCUUCAUCAACAGCCACCACUAUGACCAGAGCUUGGGACAAUCAGAAGGGAGAGAGUGAAACAGGGGAAUGGGGUGCGGGAGUAGACGGACAGGGAGCACAGGGAGGAUCUUCAUCCAGUGGUGGAAAUUCCAGAAACAGCAGUCACAGUCGUCCUCGCCGCCCUUCACCUAAUGCUGAAGUUGCCUUACAGAACCUGCUCAGCCGGUCUGAUCUGGACCCUCGGGUCCUGUCCAACACAGGCUGGGGCCAAACACAAAUCCGACAAAACACGUCCUGGGACUUUGAAGAACAUGGAGGACAGAGUAAAGGUGGAUCAUCAUCAGCUACAUCAAAACACCCAGCUUCUCUUGGUGGUGGUUCUCAGUAUUCUGGUGGACCCAGGACUCUAAUCAAUGAUUCUUUGGGUCCAGGGGUCAAUCCGUCCCUGGUUCCAUCUGCUGGGUCCUCCGGAGAGGGCUGGGAGAGCAGCAGCAACAGUAGCAGUAGUGGGGCCUCUCUGUCUGGGAGAGCCCCACCACCUUCAGGCCCCAACAUGAGAAAUCUUGGCGUCUCACAAUCUGGGCCAGUGACCACAACGGGACCUGGUAUGGGGUCAGGGGUAAUGCCAGGACAUAGCCAGCAGGGGAAGGCUACAGGCUGGGGUGGAGGAGGAAUGGGUGUUGGGGACGGCCAGCAGGCCAAGGGUUGGGGGACUGAGGAAUGGAGAGACAGUAGUAGAGGAGGAAAUGGUGGAGGAUGGGGUGAUCAUGGGCAACAGAACGACCUAGCGAGUGGAGGCUGGGGAGGAAAUCAGGAGGAGAAAGGGACAGGGGGAUGGAAAGAAAUGGGAGGAAAUGGAGGAGGAGGUGGGUGGGGAUCAGGACAGAAGGCUGGGGCAGGUAGGGACUGGGGAGAGCAACAGUCCAAAUCAAAUAGUGGAGGAGGGGGAUGGGAGGAUGAGAGGAAGAACGGAGGAGGAAACUCAGGUGGGGAUUCAGGUGUGGGUGGUUGGGGGAGCUGGGAUGAUGGUGCUCCCCGCAGAACCUGGGGAGCAGGGGGCACAGGGGGAGGAGGCAGUGGAGGAGGGGGGAUGGGUGUUGUUGGGGGCAUGGGGUCCAAAUCCCAUCAAAGUUGGAGUGGAGGAAACAAAAUGCACCAGAUGCCAAACAGCCAGUCGGGCUCCAUCACAGGCCCGCAGGCACAACUGCAACAGCAACAAUCACAGCCCCGCAAUCAGCAUCCACAGCGACAGCAAGCAUUGGACCAAGGGGCUAUGCAAGGGGGCGGGGGGAGGAAACCUCAAGCCCAGAAUCAGAACCAAAGCUCAGGCUGGACCUCGGGGCCCAUCCCUGGUGGCUCCGUAGGAUGUGGAAGUGGAUCUGAACCAAGUGGCUGGGAGGAGCCCUCGCCACAGUCUAUAAGCAGGAAGAAUGAGAUAGAUGAUGGAACAUCAGCAUGGGGAGACCCAACCCAUUACAACUACAAGCCGGUCAACCUGUGGGAUAAAAACAGCACCCCUGCUGGCCAGCAGCCUCCGGCCCAGACUCAGGCGCAACAGCAGCAACAGCAACAGCAGCAGCAGCAGCAGCAGCAGGCACCUCCAAUACAGCAGCAGCCUAGCAGGCAGGCUGCAGGGCUCGGAGGUAACAGAGACUUUAACACUGGCCAUGGACCUGGAAAAACUUCAGCUAUUAGUCCUUCGGGUUGGGGUGGUACUUCUCCAACUAGUCCUACAGUAGACAAUGGCACGGCAGCUUGGGGAAAGCCCACUGAUGCCCCUACAGGCUGGGGAGACCCUGACGAUGCUGGAGGGAAGACAACGGGCUGGGGAAACCCUUCUCCCAACCCCAUCAAAUCUAGUUCAAAGUCUAUGCAAGAUGGCUGGGGGGACAAAGAGGGCUCUGUGGCUGCCUCGCGCCACUCAAGCUGGGAGGACGAGGAGGAGGGAGGCGGCAUGUGGAACAGCGCCGGCUCCCAGGGAAGCGGCUCGUCUUGGGGACAGGGAAGCAAUGGGGGCUGGGGACAGAGCCACCCUGGGAAGAAGCCCAGCAACAAGGUUCCACUGAAGCCUGGCGGAGGAGACUCGUGGAUGAGCCCCAUCAACAGACAGUUCUCUAACAUGGGACUGCUGAACGAUGAUCCAAGUGGUCCAAACAUUGACCUGGCUCCAGGAUCCCUCCAGGAGAAGAAGAUGGAUGCGGAGAAAAGAGGCAUGGGGAUGGGGAUGGGUAUGAACGAUUAUAAUGGAGACAUGAGGAAGGGAGGAAGAGGAGGAGGAGGGAUGGCUUAUCGUCCACCUGGUUCCAAAGAGGCAGCACCUGGGGAUGCUGGGUCCUACUAUGAUAAGACCUUGCCUUUGACCAAUCAGGAUUGGUGCCUUGGGGAGGAGGGUCCUUGCUCUCUGUACUCACCACCCACUGUCUACAAGCCCCAUUCCCUCUUCAACCACACUAUUCCCUUUAGACAAGGCGGUCACAGUAUCUUUGGCAGUGGUGGAGGGAUGGCUCAGUCAAGACACCAGCCAAGUGUCCCACCCAUAAAUCAGUCCCCAGGGAUACGAGCGCAAGUGCCUCAUCAGUUCCUGUCACCUCAGGUGCCAGGCUCCGUGCUGAAGCAGAUGCCCCCUCCCAGCGGGAGCGUGGGGGGUGUUGGCGGCGUGGGAGGAGUGGCAGGAGUCGGGGGAAGUGUGUUCCCUGCACAGCUGUCCCCCCAGCAUAUUGCCAUGCUCAGCAGCAUCUAUCCACCUCACAUCCAGUUUCAGCUGGCUUGUCAGCUCCUGCUCCAGCAGCAGCAGCCACAACAGCAGCAACAGCAGCUACUGCAAAACCAGAGGAAGUUCACACCAAACGUGCGGCAGCAGCCUGACCCUCAUCAGCUGGCCAGAAUCAUGGCGGUGCUCCAGCAGCAGAGGCAGCAGCAGCAGGUCGGGGGUUUAGGUGGCAGCUCCAAACUCUCCCCCUCGCACCAUGGUGGAGGUGGCGGAGGGGGUCCCAAACUGCCUGGGGCUGAUCCCCUGCCCCAUCCAGGCCUGGCAGGAUCUGUGGCUGACCUGCAUCAGAAAACUCUCGGACCAUAUUCCGGGUUUAGUUCUGGGGUGAACCUGCCAGGUUUGGACCUGGGUGGCUCUGUAGUGGGGGGGCCUGGGGGCAUGAAGGACCUUGGGAUUCAGCAGUCCCGCUUCAAAUGGAUGAUGGAGGGACACUCUUCUCCAGACACCUCCUCACCUGAGAACGCAUUCCACAAAAAUGGUCCUGUCACCCCCAUGAAGAUGCCAGGGGGCUCGCCCUACUCUCAGUACGACAUGAUGGUUGGAGACGGGCUGGGCGACAACUGGCAUCGCACCCCUGGCAACAAGAUGGGUGCCAAGCCUCCCACCACGGCCAGCUGGCCCCCUGAGUUCCAGCCUGGUGUGCCCUGGAAGGGAAUCGAUCGUGUCGACCCUGAAUCUGACCCUUACAUGACCCCAGGAAGCAUGAUGGGAAAUGCAGUGUCCCCCAACCUCAAUGAUACUGAGCACCAGUUGUUACAAGACAAUACUGAUUCCACCCCUCCCCUCAACACCUUGCUGCCUUCACCUGGUGCCUGGCCCUACAGUGCCUCAGACAGUCCCCUCAACAACGCACACAACUCAGCAAAGUACACAGACUACAAGACCAGCUGGCCCCCAGAGCCCAUCGGACACAAGUCUUGGAAAGCUAACCGCGGCAGCAGCCAGAACCAGCUGUCCCGCCCACCUCCAGGACUAGCCAGUCAAAAGCAGCCAUCGCCUUCCCCUUGGUCCGGAGGAGCCCCUCGAUUGGCUGGCCGGGGCUGGGGCGGCGGCUCGAGCACCACUGCCUCGACCUGGAGUGAUGGCAGCUCUCGGGAAAGCUGCUGGUUGGUGCUCAGCAACCUCACACCACAGAUUGAUGGCUCUACUCUGAGGACCAUCUGCAUGCAGCAUGGCCCUCUGCUGACCUUUCACCUUGGCCUGACCCAGGGCACCGCUCUGAUUCGCUACGGCUCCAAACAGGAGGCAGCCAAGGCCCAAAGUGCACUCCACAUGUGUGUUCUGGGUAACACCACCAUCUUGGCGGAGUUUGUGAGCGAGGACGAUGUGGCUCGCUACAUUGCACAUUCCCAGGCAGGAGGAGCAGGGAGCGGAGGAACCACAGCUGGCUCUACAGGCUCCGGGCCUACAGCAUCCUCCACAGUGGGGGCCAACAGCAGUGGAGGGAGCUGCGAGCGAGCCGGAGCAGGAGGCAGCAGCGGGGGAGGAGGAGUAGAAGGAGGUUCCACAACUGGAGGAACAGGAAAUGGAGGAGGCGGGCCUUCCAGCUCUGGGUGGCAGAGUCUGGACAGCACAGGCAGCUCAUCGGACCAGUCUGCCACCCAGGGGCCCGAGCUGGGAAUCUUCACCCAGUGGAGCAGCAAUGGAACCGGGGUGGGCGGGGCUGGAGGUGUGGGGGCCGGAAGGCAGGGCCUGUGGGGGGGGAUGGGUGGGAUGAGCGGGGCGGGGUACCCCAGCAGUAGCCUCUGGGGUUCCCCGGCACUUGAGGAUCGUCACCAGAUGGGCAGCCCCGCCUCACUGCUGCCAGGGGACCUGCUGGGCGGGGGGACUGACUCCAUCUAAGGGGCCGACUGACACACAUAUAUUUUACACCCAAGUUGUAAUACAUAUGUCACACUCUGUAUUUAUUUACACGUAGAGAGAUGACAUGAAUUAAAGCUACACUGGUUACCCAACAUGCAGACACUCAACAUUCAUACUACACACAGGCUACAUGCACACAUUAUUCUCACACAUACACAUUAAACCGCUUAACUUUAAAUGAAGACAACAGUAAAACUUGAACCGGGGAAAAAGGUGAAAUCCAUUAAACUCUUUAGGACUCAACUGGAUAGCUCUUUGUCUUUUUACUUCAAAUCCCACCAUCUGCAUUCAGAGACCCGAUCACUCAGGCAUGCACUGUAGACAGGCUCAGCCAGAGUCGUACAUGUCAACAAGUUUAGCUAUUGCUGUUUUUAGUGUGCCACAAUUUAUUUUCUUUUGUAUUACUAUUUAAUGGUCGAAUCUCAAAAAUUCAGACUUGCAGACUGAGCCCUCAUAGACCUGGCUGGCGUACUUCUAAGUUCUCACGUUUGGAAGCUUGAGAGUGGGGAAGGAUCUGGAGUUUGUAGAAAAUUUGGGACAGCGCCACACUACUGAGUCAAAUGGAUGAUCAGCAACCUUUUGAGAUCUGGAAAAGGAGAGCGUUUCUAGUAGGUACCGACACCUCUACCUUGGUGGAAAUAUGCCAUCAACAUGGGACCCAGGGUAAAAAAAAAAAGAAAAAUCAAACAGAAACAACAUUAGCCAAACUUGCACUAUAUGCCUCUGGGUUUGUUGUUGACACAUCCUCCACAAAUCCCUCCAUUUUUGAAACAGAGCUACAACACAACUACACAGACCUUACAGGACAACUAAAUGUUACAACAGCAGUGGCCUUGGCUAACAACCAGCGGCCGCCCGCCCGCCAUGUCAGCAGCCUUCACACCUUCUCAUCAGUUACACACUGCUCUUAUAUUUGACAAGCAAAAUUGUAUCUCCUUGUUGAUGUACGUCGGUUGUUUAUCAUUUUCUUCUGUUUUAAAAGAAAAGAGAAAUGUGUGAAACUUUGUGGAAAAUUCAGAGAUGUCCUUUUUUUUGCCCUUCAAACACUGACCUCGCUAUUGUAUUUUUUCUUACUCAAGAAAUCAAGUUGGUUAUUAUAUAUUGUCAUGAUGUUAAUGAUGACUAUGAUCACUUAUUUACUCGCUGUACAAGGUGCCCUCCUGCCUGCCUGUGUGUGCAUGAAAGGAGUGAUGACAGUAUGACCGAAUGGAGGAGGAUGUGAUGAAGAUAAUGAUGACGAUGAUAUCGGGAGUGUCUGUGUUAAUUGCUACAAUGUUGAAUGUUUUUUUGUUUCUUUUUCUUGUCCAUGAGAGAUUCAUGAGAUGUGUGUGUGCGUGUGUGUGUGUGUGUGUGUGUGUGUGUGUGUGUGUGUGCUUGCUUUUGAACACUUAUCUGCUCCAGUCAGGGAAGUGAAUAGAUGUUAAUCUGACAGCUUACAUUUGAGAGAAAGGGUGCGUGUGUGGAUGUGUACACAUGUUUGCGUGCUUGACUGUCUGGAUAUUGUGAUAGCUAAAAAGUUCAAAAACAUUGGCACUAUUGCAUAUGUCUCUUAAGUUGUGUUUUUUAGCAGCGUUUUGUUCCUGUUUGUAUUUUUUUUUUCUGCCAAAUGCAAUAAGAGAAUAUUAUGUUUUUAAGACAAAGCAACCAACUGAAGGCAUUUCUAUAAAGAUGCCAAAUCCUACCAUACCAAGCUGAGCUGGAACAGUGUUUUACAGACACGUUAAAGACAUUACCUGUUAUGUUUUACUGUUUGUUUUUUUGUUAUUAUGUAUCAAUUUAAAUUAAGUCAGUCUUUAUUAUCACUCCUGUUCAGGAUGUUUUCAUUUAUUUCAGAUGUUACAAAAGGAGAGGAAAUUAAUUUAAAGCAGAAAAGAACAAGAUAAUAAAGGUUGAAUUGAA